GAUGAGAAGACUGCGGAAGAGUAAGGGCCUCUCCGCACGUCACCGGAAGUGGCUGCUGCUUCAGCAUGCUGGCGGAGCUCGGUUUGAUCGGGACCAUAGGCGAAGAUGACGAGGUGCCGAUGGAGCCCGAGUCUGACUCCGGAGACGAGGAGGAGGAGGGGCCCAUUGUGCUGGGCCGAAAGCAGAAGGCCUUGCAGAAGAACCGCAGUGCCGAUUUCAACCCUGACUUCGUGUUCACUGAGAAGGAGGGGAUGUAUGAUGGCAGCUGGGCCCUGGCUGAUGUCAUGAGCCAGCUCAAGAAGAAGAGGGCAGCCACUACCUUAGAUGAGAAGAUUGAGAAAGUGCGAAAGAAAAGGAAAACGGAGGACAAAGAAGCCAAGGCCGGGAAAUUGGAGGAGAAGGAAGGAGAGGAGCCGGGGGACCCGGAGCAGGGGGACCUGGCGGGGACAGAGGAGGAGGCAGGCUCGGCAGAGGAGGAGUCUGAGAGCGAGUACUCGGCAGCUGAGGAGGACAUCCUCACCAAAGCAGAUACACUCAAAGUGAAGGAGCGGAGGAGGAAGAAGAAGGGACAGGAAGCAGGAGGCUUCUUUGAGGAUGCGUCGCAGUAUGAUGAAAACCUCUCCUUCCAGGACAUGAACCUGUCGCGGCCGCUUCUGAAGGCCAUUACAGCCAUGGGCUUCAGGCAGCCCACCCCGAUCCAGAAGGCGUGCAUUCCUGUGGGUCUCUUGGGGAAGGACAUCUGUGCCUGUGCAGCCACUGGGACAGGCAAAACAGCAGCUUUUGCUCUGCCUGUCUUGGAGCGUCUGAUCUACAAGCCCCGCCAGGGCCCUGUGACCCGGGUAUUGGUACUGGUUCCCACCCGGGAGCUGGGCAUCCAGGUGCACUCCGUCACCAAGCAGCUGGCCCAGUUCUGUAACAUCACCACCUGUCUGGCUGUGGGUGGCUUGGAUGUAAAGUCUCAGGAAGCAGCUCUUCGGGCGGCACCUGACAUCCUCAUUGCCACCCCGGGUCGGCUGAUCGAUCACCUCCACAACUGCCCUUCCUUCCACCUGAGCAGCAUUGAGGUGCUCAUCCUGGAUGAGGCUGACAGGAUGCUGGAUGAAUACUUUGAGGAGCAGAUGAAGGAGAUCAUCCGAAUGUGCUCCCACCACCGCCAGACCAUGCUCUUCUCAGCCACUAUGACAGAUGAGGUGAAGGAUCUGGCUUCUGUCUCCUUGAAGAACCCUGUCCGGGUGUUUGUGAACAGCAACACGGAUGUGGCUCCCUUCUUACGGCAGGAGUUUAUUCGCAUCCGGCCUAAUCGGGAAGGGGACCGGGAAGCCAUCGUGGCAGCUCUGUUGACGAGAACCUUCACCGACCACGUGAUGCUCUUCACCCAGACCAAGAAGCAGGCCCACCGCAUGCACAUCCUCCUGGGGCUUCUGGGGCUGCAGGUGGGUGAACUCCACGGCAACCUGUCCCAGACCCAGCGGCUGGAGGCCCUCCGGCGCUUUAAGGAUGAACAGAUUGAUAUCCUUGUGGCCACAGAUGUGGCAGCCCGUGGACUUGACAUUGAGGGAGUCAAAACGGUGAUCAACUUCACGAUGCCCAACACUAUCAAGCACUACGUACACCGGGUGGGGCGCACCGCACGAGCUGGCAGGGCCGGGCGCUCGGUCUCUCUGGUGGGAGAGGAGGAGCGGAAGAUGCUGAAGGAGAUUGUGAAGGCCGCCAAGGCCCCUGUGAAGGCCCGUAUUCUUCCCCAGGAUGUCAUCCUCAAAUUCCGGGACAAGAUUGAGAAAAUGGAGAAAGAUGUGUAUGCAGUGCUGCAGCUGGAGGCAGAGGAGAGAGAGAUGCAGCAGUCGGAAGCCCAGAUAAACACAGCAAAGCGGCUCUUGGAGAAGGGGAAGGAGGCAGUGGACAAAGAGCCUGAGAGGAGCUGGUUCCAGACCAAAGAAGAGAGGAAGAAGGAGAAAAUUGCCAAGGCUCUGCAGGAGUUCGACUUGGCCUUAAGGGGAAAAAAGAGGAGGAAGAAGUUUAUGAAGGAUGCCAAGAGAAAGGGGGAGAUGACAGCAGAAGAAAGGUCCCAGUUUGAAAUCCUCAAGGCGCAGAUGUUUGCUGAGCGACUGGCCAAGAGGAACCGCAGAGCCAAGCGGGCCAGGGCGAUGCCUGAGGAAGAACCGGCGAGAGGCCCUGCCAAGAAGCAAAAGCCAAAGAAGAAAUCUGUAUUUGAUGAAGAACUCACCAACACCAGCAAGAAGGCCCUGAAGCAGUAUCGAGCUGGCCCUUCCUUUGAAGAAAAGAAACAGUUGGGUUUGCCCCAUCAGAGAAGAGGAGGAAACUUCAAAUCCAAGUCCAGAUACAAGAGGAAGAAAUAGCCAUGGCAGCCUGACGAAGUUUGCAGGGCAUCUUAAUCUCUCCCUUCCCUGUGGGAAGUCAUCCUGGUUUGCUGGUUUUAUCUGUCUUUUCUCCAUUUGUUUUAAAAAAAAAAAAAAAAUUCUUAAAAAGCCUGUCAUUUGUGUGUUUAAAGAAAAAAAGUUGGACUGGGCACGUGGCUAGGUGGUAAAAUGUUUGCCUAGCAUGCAUGAGGCCCUAGGUUCAAUCCCUAGCACUCCCUGCCCCCCCCCCCAAAAAAAGUUGCCAGUGGUAGAGUAGCACGUGUUCCCUAAGUACCCACCCAGGCUCCCUUCUGAGUAGCUUUCAUAUAACAAGUACAACCAAACAUUAGUCUGGUUUGGCAGAACUCCAAUAUUUCACCUGUGUGGCUGUCUGGUAGCUGGGCACCAUCGUGAACACUUAGUUAUCUUUUUGCUCACAGGGGCUGGGUGUGGAGUGAGGAAUUUGUUUAUUCAUUUGUUUGUUUGUGGUGCUUGAGACCAAACCCAGGACCUUUUGUAUGCAAGGCAAGCAUUGUACCACUGAACCAUGUCCCCAGCCAGGAAGUAACUGCUUAGAGAAAUGUUCUUUUAUUAAUGCCCUAGAACUAAAAGGCUACCAUUGG